AGCCAGUGAGAGGGGAGGGGGCGCCGGGCGGGCACCGCGGAGCCUAGUGGCCCCUCGGCUGGGCGCCUGCACCUGGGGCGCAUGGCCGGCCCUGCGCGGUGACCCCGCUGGGCGAGAGAGUAACGAGCAGCUUGCACGAGUCCCAGGCCGAUGUCCCAGGUGAGUGGCCAGAGCCCCCCUCACUGCGACGCGCCCCAUGAAGCCUCCUCUGCAGACCCGGGCCCAGCCCAGACCCCACCCCUCCUGCCUGGGCAGGAGGUAGUUGCAGAAUCCUCUCAUGCUGUGGAGGCAAGACUAGAGGAGGGCUCACUGGAGGAGGUGGCAACCCCCAUGCCCCAAGGCCAUGGCUCCGGGGCUCCCCAGGGCCCGGACAGCACUGACCUCGAUGUCUCCACAGAAGCUGUGACACGCCAGCCUCAGGGGAACCCCUUGGGCUGCACCCCACUACUGGCAAACGGCUCUGGCCACUCCUCAGAGCUGGGCAGUACCAAGCGGUCUGGGAACGGUGCCCUGGGGGGCCCCAAGGCCCACCGGAAGUUGCAGACACACCCAUCUCUGGCCAGCCAGGGCAGCAAGAAGAGCAAGAACAGCACCAAGUCAGCUGCCUCCCAGAUCCCUCUGCAGGCACAGGAAGACUGCUGCGUGCACUGCAUCCUGUCCUGCCUGUUCUGCGAGUUCCUGGCGCUGUGCAACCUCGUCCUGGACUGCGCCACGUGCGGUUCCUGCAGCUCCGAGGACUCCUGCCUGUGCUGCUGCUGCUGCGGCUCGGGCGAGUGCGCCGACUGCGACCUGCCCUGCGACCUGGACUGCGGCAUCCUGGACGCCUGCUGCGAGUCCGCCGACUGCCUGGAGAUCUGCAUGGAGUGCUGCGGGCUCUGCUUCUCCUCCUGACCCGCGGAGCCCGCCCGCGGG